AUGUUAGCUAGCUCGUUUACCACAAACCACUAUUUAUUCUGCGUUCUUUAUGGAAUAUAUGGAGCAGGUGUUACUGGAAUUAUCAAUAUUCCAAUAAUUUGGGCAUGCUGGGGAUUUUACCCACAACGUAUAGGGAUGAUUACAAGCCUAGGACUUGCUGGGUAUAGCUUAGGGCCAAUGGUAUUUGGCUUUCUAUGGACGAUGAUGAUAAACCCUCAUAAUGAUUCUCCACACAAAAGCCAUGACGGAAACGCCGAUUCUGGGCUUUUUGGCCAUGAAGUUUAUGAUAAGGUCCCAGCCUCUAUUAGAUGGGCAGCUUUAAUUUAUGUUGUAAUAGCAACCUUGGGCACUUCUAUUAUUUGGAACAAAGGACUUACAAACGGCAGAAAAGGGGUAGGAAAAAGCUUAAAAUUAAAAGAUGUAAUAAAACAGAAGAACUUUUGGCUUCUGUUGGGCUGGGUUUUAUUUUUAUUUUGUCCUUAUGCUUUUACUUUUACGAACUAUAAGGUUGCCGCGAUAUCAAAAAUAAAGAACGAUCACUUUUUCGCCUUUUUGGGGUCUGCUGGAUUUUUAUCAGCUUGUCUUGCAAGACUAGGAUGUGGGUUUUUAGUAGACAAAUAUGGAUGGAAAAGACUAGCUAUGAUUUCUGCUUCAGUCCAAACAAUUAUUAAUGCAACAAUUUACUAUUCAAUGGAAAUUGAAGAAUUAUAUGCAAUACUAGUCAUAAUUGAGUUUAUGUGUGGAAGCAACGCAUAUCUAUUAUUAGUCAUGGCGUGCAAAGAGAUAUACCCAAAAGACUCUUGGAUCGUCUCAUUUCCAGGAUCAGGAAUCACCUUGGCUGUCUUUUUAUUAUACUUGAUGCAGCUAUUUAUUUCUCCUGUAUUUUUUACAUAGACAAUCGGCUAUGAGUUCACAUUUGACAUCCUUGCAGGUAUGGCGUUUUUAAGUUUGAUAUUAAUCUACUACACACAAAAUCCAUCUGCUAAUGCCCAAGCAGAUAUAUCUUUAUUAAGUGUAGAACCUUCUUUAAGUGAAGCAAAAACCGAAAAUUCAUUAUUACCUAAAACUUUAAGUUAA